AUGUCUGAUGUUCAGAAAAAUCGGCACAAAUUCGGUCGAAUCGUUCUGGAGAAAUCGGCGUCAGAUGCCGAUACGAAGAUAUUUAACAAAGAUUAUUAUGAGACACACGAAAUAGAAACAGCUGCAGUAAAAAUCCAAGCCGGGACUAGAGGAUAUUUAACGAGAAAAAAACUGCAAGAACAACUUGAUGAGGCAAACUAUGCGGCUACAGUAAUACAAUCUGGCGUUAGAGGUUAUAUGAGUCGCAAAUCGUAUCAACGAAGUCAAGGCAAGGAAAUGUUAAGGUCACCAAAAAAAGUGAAAAAUACUCAAGACGACCAAAGCAAGCCUGAAGAAAAAAUUCUCUUUACGUCAGAAAAGACUGAAAAUCUGACUACAUAUCCUUCUUUUCUUUUGAUGGGAGCUUGUGAUCCGUCUAAAUUUGAAUACGGAGUUAAUUCGAUAAUAUCAUACGAUAUAGAAGGAAGUGUUUGGGAAACAAUAGCGCUCAGUCCGAUUUCAUUACUCAAUGCCGGAAUGGUUUCAACUGAAAAAACUCUAUUCAUUAUUGGCGGAUGCAGUAUACGAGAUGUGACGGAAGAUGGAAGAAUGGUUCCCAUUAAAAAUGGUUAUUCAUAUGACUUCGAGGACGAAAAAUGGAGCGUCUUAUCACCCAUGAAUGAGCCCAGAUCAUUACAUGGGGUGGUCAAUUUUCAGGGAAGAAUUUUUGUGAUCGGUGGCAUAAGUGAUUUGAAAAAAUUUCGUAUAUUAUCAUCAAUUGAAAUGCUUGAUGAAGCUUCUGGUCAAUGGAUGGAGUUUGAACCUUCUUUGCCACAGCCUCUGUUCGGAAUGGGUGUCGCUGUUUACGAUGGCCUUUUAUGGAUUGCUGGGGGUAUAACACAGAUUGGUGAUGAAGAGUCCUAUACAGAUGCUGUAUGGUGUUAUGACCACAAGUUGAAACGGUGGUGCAAUCGUCCAUUUUUACCACAACCCAUAGCAUUUGGUACACUUCUUGCAUCCGGACAUAAUCUGUUUUCUAUUGGUGGAACAAUUCGCUCACGAAGUGGAAAUGAUAUUAUAAGCAUAAACAACAUAUACAGUUUUAAAAAUGGAGCCUGGGUCGAGAAUACACCAAUCCCAAAAAAUCUUCACAGUGUUGUUGCAGGCAUUUAUGAAAAAAAUAUCUAUAUAUUUGGUGCUCUGAGUUUAGAAACGAGAUGCCCUUUGGAACAGCCAAUCUAUUUUGACGGACGAGAACAAACAUGGAAACGCGUGGUGUCACUUCCUGAAUCGUCUUCAGGAUAUAUCAUCGCCUCAGCGGCUCGGCAUGAUUUUAUCAAGAAGAGAAAGGAGGAGAACUGAAGCUUGCACAAUAAAUCAAUGAAUAAAUAAAACGAAGAUUUUCACACGGAAUAUAUAAGAUUUCAUCUCCUCUCUUUUGAUAAUUUAAUAAAGAUACUCAGAAAAAAAGUUUGCGCCGCAUUUAUUAUUAAUUUAGAAGAAAAACUGUGAAUAAGCAAUUGAGUAAUUUCAUUUAAAAGUAGUUAAAAUAUUAUUUUUUAUUUUUGUAUAAUUCAACAAAAAUAAUUUUUAAAAUUUUACAUCUUUUUUUGAAAUUUUAAUUCAUUAUCGUUUCGUCAAUACAGUAAACCUCCGAUUAUUAAUUAGGUUAAUUAUUCGCUCUGUGGUUAACAGCGAUCAUUCAUUUACAAAUACACGUAUAUAAAAAAUGUUGGAAAUCAAAAAAAAGGUUUUUAUAUACUAUUAGUAUUCGUUUUGUGACACUUUAUCCGCGUGAAGUUCUAUCUCACGAAAUUUUGUCCACGUAAUUAGAGUCCACCCACUUUGUCAACGAUAAAUUCUGUCUCGCAACAAUUUGUUUUUGCCAGAUUCUGUUUAACUAUUGUUCAUCAGUGCUAGAUUUUGUCCCACGAUAGUUUGUCCGGCAGAUUUAAUCUUUCGGUAGUUUACUCGCUGUUUCCCGUUGUCUCACUAUACUUUUAGAUACUAUCCAAUGACAAUAACGGUUUUACUAAAGCAAGGAUAUUUGCGAAGUGAGGAACAAAAUUUCCAAAUCAUCUUCCUACUUUUUUAUUAGCU